AUGGAGCGACAGUGGGCGUCGGUAUUGACCCUGGAUGGGGUUUUCGUAACCUUUGGCUGCCAUCCCCAUUGGGUCGCGGAUUUUGCCGACGAGUGUCGUGACGCCAUGAUCAAAGCACUCAAGCAUCCGAGAGUGAUUGCCGCCGGGGAAUUCGGACUGGACUACUGUGUGCGGAAGACUGGGAACAACCCCGACAAACCUUUGCAGCAAGCUGUAUUCAGGGACCAGUUGCAGAUUGCGCUGGACGCCAAUAAACCCAUUGUGAUACACUGCAGGGAAGCUCACGAGGAUUGCCUCCGGAUAAUGAUUGAGAUGGUUCCGGAAUACUGGAAAAUACAUCGGCAUUGCGUUACGAAUUCCAUGGAAGAAAUGCAGGAGUGGAUGGACGCCUUUCCAAACUGUUAUUUCGGAUUCACCAAUUUCAUAACUGCUCCGAAAAGUCGACCUGCUCACGACUCUGUGCGAAAUAUUCCUCUGGAACGGAUUAUAUUGGAAACCGAUUCGCCUUACCAUUUUCCCCAUGUGUUGAACAACCCCAAGCCGGCGUUGUCGCAUCCUGGAAUGGUCCUUCACGUGGCAGCACAAAUCGCAUGUCUCAAAGGCGUGAGAGAUGCAGAUGCGACGUGGUGUGGGUUCCCUGGUCAACCUGCCAAUGGGUCUGUCGUUUCGUUGGUCCCGGCCUACUUGCCACAGGAGAUGGUGCAGUAUCAGUGCAACCCUGGGUACAUUCUGUUUGGCUCAAAGACCCGGCGCUGUGCAGAGAAUGGCACCUGGCUUGGCGACAUGCCCCACUGUGAGAGCAACUUGGCAACCGGCAGAAGUGCCCACCAAUCGCAGACCUUGUAUGACUACACGGCCAACAAGGCUGUGGACGGUGAUCCCGAGACUUGCAGCUUCACGCCUCGAAGCCAAGGCAUGGACGGCAACAAGUGGUGGCAACUCGACCUCGAAGCCCUGCACGAUAUCUCCGCUGUGGGCAUCACCAUGACCCCAGACACCCUGCAGGAGUUCGGGAUCUACGUCAUCAACAAGAAGGCGAGUGGGGAGAUCGAGUUCAAGCACUGCGCAGAUUUCCGUGGCACUUUCCGAGCCCAGAAAGCCCUGUUCAAGUGCAAUGCUGGACUGGGCCAGCAGGGCCAGUACAUCCACAUCAAGGACGAGCGGAUGAGGGACGAGUACUUUGGCUUGUGCGAAGUGGAGGUUUUUGCUCGUCAAGAUCAAGUGCCUUGCGGAGACCCGGAACAGCCGCUGCACAGUAGCGUCAACAGGACCGGGUUUCGAGCAGUGUACGGGUGUUCACCGGGCUUCCAGAUCCAAGGACAGGCAGUCAGGGAUUGCCUGCUGUCGGGCCAGUGGACGGGCCAGGCACCGGUCUGUCGUCAAGGUGAGUGGUGCUGCUCGUCUCGGAGUCUUGGCACUGGUGGGACGAACCCGGAGGUUACAUGUCCUGGACCUCCACCGAGAGUCGCCAAUGCUGUUCAUCACUUGCAAAAGCAACGAGGUAACUUUAAAAAUGGAGCAGGCAGAAAAGUGGCUGUGUACCAGUGUUUACCGGGAUUCAACAUGCACCAAAAUGGUAGCUCAUCGUCGUCUUCGAGGGUCGUGUCGACCUGCGGCGAAAACGGGCAAUGGACGAGUGCGAGCAGCAGGAUUGCUUGCUUGCCGGCAUCAUCAUCGUCAUCAUCUGCUAGUGCUGGUGGUGGUGACGGAAACAAAGAACCUGUCUGGAUGGGCCACGGAAGCCAGCCUGGGCAUCACCAGCAGGUGAUGAUCAACGACCAACUGCCCGAGUGGACAUCAUCGCAGCAGGCUGAUGAUUGGGCCAGCACUCCAUCAUCGGCUCCUGCUGCUGCUGCUGGACCGGGCCACCAUCAGCACACACCCAGCCACGCCGUGACCCACGAUGCCCUGUUUGGGGUCCUCGUGUCCACCGCUGCCGUGCUGCUGGUCAUCCUGGUCUCUGUCCUCGUUUGCUGGAGGGUAUAUCCGAAGCUGCUUCGGGAACGGCACAAGUCUCUCCGGCGAACCCGAUCUAAGCUGAUUUUGCCUGCAGGAUUCUUUUCUCGACAUUUGCCAGAGAACGAAACACUACCGUCUUCCUACUACAUGGACCCCGAUUCGUCCUCGUCGUCGUCCAUGAUGGUGGCAUCGCAGCUGGCGUCCCACGCCGAGUUGUCCGGCAGCAAUAACAUGAUCUACGACGUGCCGUGUGGGAGUCAGCAAUCUCUCGAGGCCAAAUACGCCAACUUGCGCACUCCCUUGAAGACCUUCAACACGACGAGGAAACUCGAACAGACGUAUGCCAACGCGAUGCGAGCAGACGGAAGGCUGGUGCAAGUCGGCCACGGUCAAAGGACGAGGACGAGGACAUCAGUGUCGACAUCUGCUGGAGGCGAAGACACUUGCGAGUCAUCCUCGUCAGCUGCCGCAGCACAGGGGUCGCUGUCGAAGCUAGAGCAACACGGCCGAAUUGAUGUCGACGACGACGACGAUGGCGAUGAUGAGAACUCCGCAGUGGCAGCAAGGGCAGGUCAAGGACAUGCGUCGGGAAACGAGUACCAAUCCCUGGAGGAGGUGCACAGCAGCAGGAGCCAGCAUCAUGAUCGGCAGCAGCAGGCCAGCAUGUCGCAUUCGCCGACUGCUGCUCAUGUCAGCAGCGACGAUCGCGUCAUCGUCUACGCCCAACUGGACAUGACGAGGAAAGCCGGCAAAGGACUCCUCACCUCAUCCAGCACUGACCUCGUCUCAUCAUCAUCCGACCGGAUCUUUGGCCGAGAAGACAAGGUCGUCUACACGAAUUUGAGGCCACUUCCCCCGAUCCCGGCUCCUGCUCCUGACCACCACCGCUUUAUUGCAUCACCAGCACCAGCAGAUGACAACGACAAUGACGACGCACACACAGGCUGUUGAAAUGUGUACAUCAACUUUCUCUCCAAAUUGGUUCACUGCAUGUACACAUAUUCAGACAGACAUGCAUGAGUGUGUGUCCACUGCACAUAUUUGACUGUGCUGCAGUGGAAAAGAUCCCUAACGCGUGUGUAUAUAUAUGCAUCACUAAUGCAGCCUGUCAUAACUGGAUGAAUGUUUAGAGGGUCCAUGUCCUCUAAACACUGGCCAUGUUUGAUAUGAAUCAGAAUGAAGUUGACAAAUGCAGUAGACCCUUGAUGCUGCUCCUCAACAACACAAUGGUUAACAAGCGUUUGUCCUCAUAAAAAAACAUCCCUUGGUUAACGAAUCAAAAUUUGGUUAACAAAGCAAGCAUUCCAAAUUCAGCUUUGACACUCAACUGCAAGGUAAAAUUGAAUUUAUGUUCCAAUAGACAACUCAUCAGAAAGAAAUAUUUUUAGGCAGACCGAAUAAUGCUCCAAAAACAUUUUGAAAAAUAGGGCUGUUCAAAAGCAAGUCAGUUGAUGUGUGUAUGCCACGGAUGUUCCAUGCUUUGAGAACAAGCAGUUGAGCAAGUGAUCAGUCCAGCUGUAAGAAGCUGUGCACGAAAGCACCUUUUGAACAGAUUUUUUUAGUUGUUCCAAAUGUUCAACUGGCAAAUGCGUUCUUUUCUUACACCGUUGUAAAAUUAACAUUUCAUUUUUUGGCGACACUAAUCCUACUCACAGUAAGUGUUUUUCUGGUUGUCAAUCUUUUUGAAUGCUUUUUCAAUCAAUCAUGCUUCCUUAAAAGCCUAAACAAAACUUUUUUUUAAAUUACACGGGAUGCUGCAGUAACUGUUUUGGAAUGGAGUAUGGUCCUGAAUUCUUUUGGUUUAAUUUGCAAUGGUUUUCUUGGUCAAGUACAACACUGCAAUUUUUUUUUCUUGAGAUAUUUCAGAAAUACCUCACGCAGAUGAUUGGCAAACUUCUUGGUCAACAAGAUUUUGUCUGGAACCAAUUCAGCAUAUCCAACGAGGGUCCACUAAAAGUCAUGGACCAUUGAUUCCUUUUCCCCUUCUGAUCAAUUUCACUAAAAAAAGCAUGGACGAAUGGUUGCGCAGCACACUGUAUAUAGACAUCAUGUGAAUCUUUGCUUGCUGUGAUUUUUAAGUAACAAGCUUAUGAUGCUACUCUUGACAAGUUAGUGAUUUGAAUGGAGACACUCGGAUUUUUUUUCUAAUUAUUGUCAGCUGAAUUUUGAUUUUUUUUUCUCAGCGGAUAUUUGUAGGUCAUUUGUGCGUACGUUUUGCAGGCUUGGGAGGGGGGGGGG